AUGAACAUCCACAACCCAAUUAGCUAUGUCAAAGUCUCGGACCAAGGCUUCCUAAUGCGCACAAACGAUAUGGAAAUUGGAAUGAUAAACAAUUCUAAGUUCAAAGCAGUAUCUAGACGAAUGCGAGGAAUGUUUUCAAUUCAAGCCAAGGAGAAGUCAGAACGGGCGCCUUACCGAAACAUGAUACUGACACGAGCCUUCAGGAUUGUCCUCUUCGGUGAAGGUGGCGUCGCAGCAAAUUCGCUGGCACCGCAGCCUGCCAUCCGCCAUUGGGAGCUUGAUCAAAAUAAGCUCCCCAUGGCUGAAGCUCCGUCGUCCUCUCGGUCUAGGACUGAUUUCGCAGCUUCUCCGACGGUUCCAGAUGGCGACGUCCAAGUCCACGCUAAUACCGCUGUAACUGGUCCACGCUGCUUCUAG